AAAUCAGCAUCACCCACUAACCGAGCUGCCACAUACACUUCCCUCCUACUAACAAUGGCCGAUGUGGUGCUUCUGGACUUCUGGGCGAGCCCAUUCGGGCAGCGGUGCCGGAUCGCGCUGGCAGAGAAGGGCGUUGCCUAUGAGUACAGUGAGCAGAACCUUGAGCAGAAGAGCGAGCUGCUUCUGAGAUCCAACCCCGUCCACAAGAAGAUCCCCGUCCUGCUCCAUGGCGGCAGGCCUGUCUGCGAAUCUCUCGUCAUCCUCACCUACAUCGACGAGGCGUGGCCGGAGGUGGCGCCGCUCCUCCCACGGGACCCCUACGCCCGCGCGCAGGCCCGGUUCUGGGCUGACUACAUCGACAACAAGAUCGUUGACUGUCAGACCCGCCUGUUAACGAUGAAGGGGGAGGCCUUGGAGCAGGCCAAGAAAGACAUGAUCGGGGCUCUCAAGACCCUGGAGGCCGACCUCGGUGAUAAGGACUACUUCGGUGGCGAGGCGUUUGGCUUCGUGGAUGUCGCGUUCGUGACCUUGACCCCCUGGUUUUACACCUACGAGAAGUACGGUGACUUCAGCGUCGAGGAACACUGCCCAAGGAUCGUGGCCUGGGCCGCCCGGUGCAGGGAGCGUGAGAGCGUGGCCAAGGCACUUACUGAUCCUGAGAAGGUGUAUGAGAUCGUCCAGGAGGAGUAUGGUGCCAACUAAGCAGAGUACUAGGUUAUCUAUGUAGGCAUGCAUGUAAUCUGGUUAUAUGCCCGCUGUGGCUUUAUCUCCUAGGUGUGUGUUCCCUUUGUCACGCAACUUGGUCAAACUUUAUGAAA